AUGAGCGGUUCAGAACCAUUCCCUGUUCGAGAAUCAAAUUCAAAUUCAAAUUCAACAAAUCCAACAGAUGUGUCAUACAUGAUUUCAUUACUCAAAGAAAUUUCUGGUUAUUCAGUUCAGCUGGCCAGCCUGUUGAAUGGUUUAAAAGAGAAAGUUUCAGAGUUUGAAAUGAUUCUUUAUAAUUCAACUGAAGGUGAUCCAGCUAUGCAAACACAACCAAUUAUAUCCCGUGGUUAUUCUUCCAAUUCAAUAAAACAUACAUUACCAGCUACCCAAAAUACCUCCUCAAAUGAAGAUAAGAAAGCUGUUGACUUCAACAUCGAUGAAAAGACACAACUGGUUUUAGGAGGGAAUAUGGAAAAUCAGAAUCACAUCCCUGAAUCAGAUCCAAAUAUAGACAGUACCACCUGUAAGAAAAAGAAGAAAUCCAGACUGACAUUCAGAUUUCUCAAUAAUAUCAAACUCUACCAGCGGGAAAAUUCAAAGGAUCUCAAGUCAAGUACUUUAGAAAAUGUUAACAUGGUUGAUGGUAAUGCAAAUAAUGGCUCCUCUGAAAAUAACUUAAAAACUGGGACAAAGUCAUCUGCAGCUGAAGAAAUUGUUAAUGAUGAUGAACAUGAGGUUGGAAGUCAUUUUGAAACUUUAGAUGUUGAUAAAUGUGAUUUAAAUAAUUCAAAAAGUUCUGAUUAUUUGGAUGGGUUUUUGGACAAAAAAACUUUAGAUACUAUUGUGAAGACAUGUUUACAUUAUAAAGAAAUGAAAGGAAAAACUAAUUCACAUACAUUUUGGUCUCUGGGUUUCGAAGUCGGAAUUACUAUUACCGAAGGUGUUGUAGGUGGUAUUGUUACAAGGUUUGGGUUUGAGAGAGAGAACAGGUCAACUUUGUUUUCCCUUAUGUCCCUUGCAAGAAACUGGGGGGACUCUGUUCAAGAAAGUGAUACCAUGGAAUUGAUCGUCGAUCUGUGGAUUGGAGCUGAACAUCCAAUUUGGGCUCUUUUGAUUAAAAAAUUAGUUCCAAUGGCAAUUAGAAUGGCUAUGCCACCUACUUUGAUGAGCAUAAUGAAUUCAAUGUGCAAAAAAGAGGCUAGAGAUAGUCCUAGAGCUGAUUCCUGA